AUGCGGGACCACAGUGUCCCUCUGGGGACCCGGCGGCAGGGGGGCAACCCCCCGCCCGCCACCGCGGCUGCUCCCCUCCUCACCCGCAGGACCAUGGCCAGGCUGGGCGGCGUUGUGGCCGCAGCCCCUGCGCUCCCCUCGGCCGAGCCCCGUUCCCCGCCAGCGCCUCCUCCCUUCCCUGCCCAUCCCCGUCCCCGUGGCACAGCCGCCCGCUCCUUGCGGGGAGACCGAGCGCCAACGGUGACUAAUAAAGUGUUGGGAACGAGCUGCGCUGUGGUGUGGUGGAGCAUCGCCAGCCCCAUGGGGCUGGGAGAGACCAAAGGAGGAGCAGCUAUUCUGGGAAGGAAGCUACUAAAAGCUCUGCUUUUUUCUUUAAAAGACCCUCGGGCUCCUGUGAAGGGCUUUUCCAGCGGGGAGCGAGUCCCGGCGGACCCGGCGGACAGAGCGCCGCCCCCGCCCCACCACCGAGGCGCGGCGCCGGGGCCUAGAGCGGCCGUGGCGGCGCGGGGGCCGCCGGAACCAUCGAGCGCGGGGCAGAGCGCCGCCGUGUCCUCUGCGGCCGCCAUGCUGCCCGCCGCCCGCGCGCUGCCGCCGCGCCUGCCCCGCCGCCCGCCGCCCGCCUGGCGCUGGGCACCGGCCGGGCCGCCCGCCGCCGGCCUGCGGGCGUUGAGCACCGGCCGCGCCCGGCGCUCGGAGGCGCUGGCCGGUGCGCCGCUGGACACGGCCGCCAAGGAGUACUCGCCCAAGGUGCGGCAGCUGGUGCGGGACAUCGCGGGGCUGACGCUGCUGGAGGUGGCUGACCUCAACGCGCUCCUCAAGGAGACGCUGAAGAUCCCAGACGUGGCGGUGAUGCCGGCAGCGGCUGCCUCCCUCCAGCCCUCCCAGGCGGCUCCGCAGGAGGAGGAGGAGGUCCCGCUCAAGAAAGAGAAAACACAUUUCACCGUCCGGCUGACAGAGCUGAAACCCGCUGACAAGGUGAAGCUGAUCAAGGAGGUGAAGAACUUCGUGCCAGGAGUGAACCUGGUGCAGGCAAAGAAGCUGGUAGAGUCCCUUCCUCAGGAGAUCAAGGCUAACGCCUCCAAGGAGGAAGCAGAGAAGAUCAAAGCGGCGCUGGAGGCAGCAGGAGGGACUGUGGUUCUGGAGUAGGCGGCCCGGUCGCACCACGGAGGGAC